AUGAAUGUCGGCAGCAUAGGCGCAGCGGGAUCGGAUUCUCGCCCACGAGGACGAAAGCGUGGUCGAAAAACGACAUCCUGCACCCAGUGCCACUCUCGCAAACAGAAAUGCAACCAAGAGCAACCAUGUCUGCGCUGUAUACAGCGUGGAGUACCACAGCUAUGCCAGUGGCCGGAGAACGAGAUAGAUGACGGAAGAGAACAAGGCAUCAGUUCUCAGGACGCAGUACCGGCAACAGGGGACGCCCAAGGAACAGAGCUGGGCCAGCUUUACAUCGCCCGCGGUGCUCCCUCCUUCUUUGGCAACUCGUAUUUUGGACACCAAGUGGCAGCGAGUAUGAUCCAUGAGUCAGCCCCGGACCUGCCUCCAAUGAGCCUUUUAUCCACGAAGGAUUCACUACAGUCUUUCAGAAAUGAUUCCGGCCCCUUUUCACAAGUAUGGGAUCUGCUUGGCCUUCUGCCACGCAAUAAAGUAACAGUCGAUAGACUGAUUGAAAGAUUUCUCACCGAAAUAAACUGGGCCAUCGACACGGUACAUCCAGAUACGUUUAGAAAUCAAUUUGCUGAGUUCUGGGGCAGGAAAUUUGGGUUUGAUGAAAUUGCCGGCAUCGAUCUUCGUUGGCUGGCACUACUCUUCAUUAUUCUUGCUUUCGGUGUGCUUUUGGAGGAUCCAACAAUCUCCUCACCGGAAAAGCGAAAAGAGAGCGAAGAGGCUUCUCUCAGAUUUUACUGGGCUUCUAGGAGAGCCAUUGUCAUUUCGCCUUCAUUCCAUGGCGAGAGUUUGGACCUUGUUCGGGCUGGUCUGAUGGUCACUCGUUAUUUGCUUUACACUCGCCAAAUAGCGGAGAGUUGGCUGACAAUCAGCUUUGCCAUGCGAAUGGCGCAAGCACAGGGCAUGCAUAUCGAUGGGGAGAAGUGGGGACUUUCACGGAAAGCCACCGAGGUCCGACGAAGACUCUGGGGAAACUUGUACAUGUUGGACAAGACAAUUGCUCUCGCCCUUGGCAGGCCCUACGCGAUAUCGGACCACAUGUGUCUCAUAAAUCCGCCUGAGAAUAUUUGGCUCGACGAUUUGACAGACGAGCAGUCAUCAAUGACCCCGGUAUCCACACUGAGAAAUCCAACCCGGAGUACAGUCAUCCUAUUGUGCAAUGGGCUGGCCAAGAUCGCGGGGGAAAUCCAAGACAGAAGCAACUGCCCGGCAUAUUUUGCCCUGGAGGAUCUGGACUUUGCGAAAGAUGAAAUGCACUCCUUUCUACCAUGGCAUCGCCUCUACUUGCAUUCAGCUUUCCACUUUGCUCGAAUCACCCUCCACCGGCCUUAUCUUUUACGAGAAUCUAUUACAAAUCGCUUUCGUCUCAGUCAUGAGGCCUGCAUUGCGUCAGCGUCAUCCGACCUCAAAAUUCGACUGCACUCAGUGAAAUAUGGAACCGCAGAAAAUAUGAGAUGGACACUGGGAACUCACAAUAUGUUUAACAGUGCUUUGAUUUUAGGUAUUAUUGCGGUUCGCCGCCCGAACGCCCCCCAAACAGCGGCAAUUCUGGAUGACCUGCAGGAAUAUUGUGAGAGGCUGAGAGAAGAUGCAUGGUUGAAUGAAUUUGGUCUCGCGGAAGUCAAAGUCGUUGAACUUUGCAUCGUCCGGACAAAAGGAUUUGCCAAAGCGAGUGACUUCUCUGGUGACAAUGAACACGUUCAGCCAGUGGAUAUAAUGCCAGGCAUUAUGGACCGUGGCAGCUUCCGAGAAGAAGACAGACAUAAAAUCACAUCGGAAACAGAAUUACCCUCGGGCCACGAUGCUUUAGGUGCCUCUCCAAAUGAUGUGCCUGGGUAUUCGCCCGAUAUGAUGUGGCCGGCAAUAUGGGAGGAUCAAAACUUUGCUUUCCCUCAGGCUACGGACUUGGAAACAUGGGAGCAAAUGAUUUCGGAGAUUGCAUACCAUGACUAG